AUGUCAGACCUCGAACUGACGCUUGAGAGACUGCGCAACGCGUACGACAAUCCUGAAUACGCGAAGGGCCUCAAUACGGCGUUGAGAAAGGCAUUGAGACUCUUUGCUGCGGCUGCCAGAUUGGAUUUUGUGCAAGACAACGCAGGCAACAUACACAUCUGGAAGCAUGGUCGGGACCCGGAGCUGGCAAACAUCGCCAUAGCCUUUCAGUUAGACGAGAGCCGCUCACGGGCUUCUUGUGAGAGUGCGUUUCGCCUCUUCCACCAACUGCAAAGAGAGAACCUACUCUGCGGCCUCACUCUGCUGGGCUGGACUUCUGUGGGAGUCGAUUACCUUGGACGUGAUCUCUGGGAAACAGGUGGAUACAUACCGACCAAAAAGCAAGUGCAGCCCGAACUCGAACAGUUUUCGACCUUUGAAGACGUGUCGAAGUUUCAGUUGUCGGCAGUCUUCGAAGUGGCUGAGACGCAAGAUAUUCCGCUGGAGGCUGAAGGAGCACCUGUCCUCAUCGAACAUGUGAAGAAAGUUGCAACCUCGGCGGUAGCAAGCAGGCCCACGACCCGCAAACAAAUGCGAGCACCAGAGAUACGCAUCAAAGGCCAAAACGCUGAAACGAUAGGCUUUGAAGCGAUCAAGACGUACAGCGCAUACGUCGGUGCCUUGUUUGACAACUUUGACUAG